AGGAGAGGAGCUAAGGCUAAGCAUGACAAUCACUCCCUCACUCUCCGGUGUGCGAUGUGGUUCGAUUCCAGGAGAGGGGCUGCUUAUAAUUCUCUCAUUGCCUUUGCUUUCUCUUCCACAUUGUCUGCAGCUUUAAUGCAUGGUAUAAAAAGGGACGACCAUACAAGGAAUAGAAAUGCCUAAGACUCAAACGUUUCCUUUCACAAGACCUCUGACACCAAAGAAAUCGAUUACACUUAAGGUUUGGUUGUGCAGAGAAUCCAAGGGACAGAGAGAGGCAUCCAUCAUCAAAGCUGGAGAGCAACAGUGAGAGGGAAAGGGAGAAAGCAAUGUGUCUAUCUUGCAACGUCGGCGACCAUCAUCACAAUUGAAUACGAAUUUGAAAAACCACAGCGCUGCAACUAAUCUGUCUUCUGAGAAAGGGGAGGCAGUGAGCGAAGGUCGGAGACUUAUUAUUUAUUUUAUUUUUAACACUACUGAAAAGCCAUAUACAGUAUUGUUCUACAAUAUUACUGUGCUAUUAUUUAUACAAACCCUGUCAAUAGUCUGAUGUUUUAUGAAUCAGGCCUAGUUUUCCUGAGCUAUUCCAAUGGCCUGAACUUUAGGUUCAGUCCCCAACUGCCUUAUCUUGACCCUUUUCUUUGAUGAUGUAAACACUAUCAUCUCCCUGCCUGCCUUACAUUUCCCUCCUACUGAAGCCAAUGCACAAACAAACUGACAGACUGGAAAUGGAGGCAAGCCAACCCGGUUGUUGAGGCCUUCAGUUCGGAUGAUUAGAUCGGAUAUACCUAUACUUUUCCUCCUGAUCCGGAAAAAGGCCCAGAAAUAGCCCUCAAGUACCUAAACAACACUCCGUACCUUUACACACCAUCCCGGCUUACUCCUGAAACAAAAGCUACUAAACAAAAAUGGCUGCUGGAGUUGCAACAUGGAUGCCCUUUGCUCGGGCAGCAGCCGUAGGCUGGCUACCACUGGCCCAAAAGACCAUGCCCAAGCCUCCUGUGGACAAAAAGAGUCGCAGUGAUGAGAUCUUGUUUGUAAAUGUGAGUGGACUACGCUUUCAGACAUGGAAGAACACCUUGGACCGUUACCCAGACACCCUUCUAGGCAGCUCAGAAAAGGAGUUUUUCUACAAUGAGGAAACUCAGGAAUAUUUCUUUGACAGGGAUCCAGAGAUGUUCCGCCAUAUACUAAACUUUUUUCGAACAGGCAAGCUACAUUACCCCCGACAUGAAUGCAUUCAGGCUUUUGAGGAAGAGCUGGCUUUCUAUGGCAUAAUACCGGAGAUCAUAGGUGACUGCUGUAUGGAAGAGUACCGGGAUCGCAAGAAGGAGAACCAGGAGCGUUUGGCUGAGGACACCGAGGCAGAGAAUGCUGGAGACGCUCCCCUGCCCCCAGACGCCACAUUACGAGAGAGGCUAUGGAGGGCCUUUGAGAACCCUCACACAAGCACCAUGGCCUUGGUUUUUUACUAUGUCACUGGCUUCUUCAUCGCUGUGUCUGUUAUUGCCAACGUUGUGGAAACAGUUCCCUGCCGACCAAUCAAAGGGAGUAUAAAGGACCUGCCAUGUGGUGAGAAGUUUUCAGUGGCCUUCUCUUGUUUGGACACGGCCUGUGUGCUUAUCUUCUCCUUUGAGUACCUCAUGAGACUGUAUGCUGCCCCCAGCCGCUGUGAUUUUGCGCGUUCGGUGAUGAGCGUGAUAGACGUGGUGGCCAUCUUGCCCUUCUACAUUGGCCUUGUCAUGCCAGAGAAUGAGGAAGUCAGUGGGGCCUUUGUCACCCUGCGAGUCUUCCGGGUGUUCCGUAUCUUCAAGUUCUCCCGUCACUCUCAGGGGCUGCGUAUCUUGGGCUGCACGCUGCAAGCCUGCGCCUCGGAGCUGGGCUUCCUCCUCUUCUCCCUCACCAUGGCCGUCAUCAUCUUUGCCACCGUCAUGUUCUACGCUGAGAAAGGCACCAAGGGAACCACGUUUUCCAGCAUCCCUGCCUCCUUCUGGUACACCAUCGUCACCAUGACAACACUGGGAUAUGGAGACAUGGUUCCAGACUCCAUAGCGGGCAAGAUAUUUGGCUCCAUCUGCUCCCUCAGUGGCGUGCUGGUGAUUGCUCUACCUGUGCCUGUUAUAGUCUCCAACUUCGCAAGGAUCUACCACCAGAACCAAAGGGCAGAUAAGAUGAGGGCACAGCAGAAAGUGCGCCAGGCAAGGAUUCGAAUGGCUAAAAAAGGGGCCACCAAUGCAUUCUUGCAGCACAAAGAGGAUGGGGGAUUGCAGGAUGGUGAUGGUGACAGCACACCUCUUUGUGUGAAGAACAGGUCCGCCUUUGAGCACCAACAUCAUCACCUAUUGCACUGCUUGGAGAAAACCACAAAUCACGAGUUCACCGAUGAAGUCACCUACAGCGAGGUGUGUGUGACCGACUCAUUGGGCUUCCGCACCAGCCGCAGCACUUCGCUGUCCAGCCAGCAGGGGGCCACCACAACCUGCUGCUCCCGCCGGGCCAAGAGGAGGGCCUUCCGCCUUGCCAACUCCACUGUCUCUGUCAGCCGGGGCAGUGUGCAGGAGCUGGACACGCUGCAUGUCACCAAGACUCCUGCUGGUACCCAGUACCCACAGAGUCGCUCCAGUCUAAAUGCCAGGACUGAAAACCUGAAGCUGAACUGUGAUGACUACACGGCAGCCAUCAUCAGUAUCCCCACUCCCCCAGCCAACACUCCUGAUGAGAGUCUACCUAACUCCCCCGCCAUCCCUGGCAUCCUACGCAACUCUCGCUCCAGUACCUUCAACACCCAGGAAACUGUCAAGAUCUCCUCUUUAUAACCCCCUGAAGCACAGGACCUUGACCCAUUGCACAAAAGAAGAGGAAGGGGGCCCAUCAGAGAAGAACAUGGGAAAGAAGGACAUUCAAGGAUGAUACCACACACUCUUUGCAAAUGCUUCACUCCAAUACCAACGUAAUGUCUACUGAAUAGAGGUAGGGCUAGCGUGAAUCUUUUUCAUUUAUUCAUUCAUUUGAUUUGAACCAUCCAUGUGACGUGCUGGGGAAGUUACUGUUACUGGUUGAUCUUUUGGUCCAGGGAGUUACGGGGGGGUGGGGGAGUUAGUAAAUUGAGUGAGUAUCACAGAGACUCACGGAGACUGUGAGCUGAGCAGGAACAGAUGACAGCGUGUGAAACAGGAAUCUACAUGCCUCUUGGACUCAGAGAACGGACACAUAUGGAUGGUGUGGUUGGUAAGAGUGUUUUUCAACAAUAAUAUACCCACCGUGGCAUCGAAGGCCUUUUUACUUUUCAAGAUAUGCAACGUUAGAACAAGCAGGAAAAACGAAUAUACAGUACAUAAUGUGUGUCAAAAAAUAUUGCAGGGAGAGAUUAUACAGAUGAUGAAUAAUGACAAAAUUAUAUUGAUACAUAAAUACACCUUUAGAGAGAGAAAUAUUAGUUCUGCAUUCUGCAAUAGAUUUCUUCACACAAACUCGGAUGAAAAUAAAGGAGUGAUUGUUAGAUGGUAGUGCAUAUGUAACAUAUUUUGUAUCAUACGUCUCUAAAUCACAUGCAUCUUCAAACCUUACCAAAAAAUGUCAGUGUAAUGACGAGCUUACUACAGCUAUGCAUGUUCCUGUACAAUAGAUGGUGGAGAAUAGAACUGCUGAUAUUAGUGGUGUCAGAUAUGACGAGCUCAUAGGUUUUUUGCAUGGUACCUUAUUCUUUCCCGCAGAACAGUUAGUUGUAUUUCUUUCUCCUGACAACAUUGUGGAGUAAUAAUGAUGUCACGUGCUGCACCAGAAGUGUACAUUAGGUUAAAAAAAAAAAAAAGAAUGAAAUAAAAAUAUUGAGGCAUGUUCCUCGCCAGAAUGCGAAGUGGGUGCGUAUGAUUGUGUGGUCUGUGUGUGGUAGGUUGGGAGGACUUGUGUUUAUUGAUCACAAAUAUGCAUGGAUACCGUUGUAGGUAUUUUACCUGUUUCUUUUGGGAAAUAAAAUGUAGAGGAGGGAUUCAACAGCAUCCAUUGUCAAUGAGAAAGAAAUUCGUGAGAAGAGGUUACCAGUAAGAAAAGUUCACAGUUACCUUUCGUUGACUUCUCUUAUUGUAAUAUUGUGUUACAGGGUUAAGUGUAUGCAAGCCCGUUGAUGGCUGUGUAAUUGACAAACAACGUUUUUUGUUAAACAUGCUAACAUAUCGGUGCUGCUACUGUACUUCAUUGGACUUUACUGUUGUCAUGGCUCCAGUUCUGUUUAUGAGAUCUGGUGUUUGCAAUAACCGUUGUAAUUAUUUUACCGCAAACUUUGGCAAAUCCUACUUUUUUUCUCGGAUGAUUAUUAUUUGCAUAAUAUUGCAAUGAAAGACUUCUCUGUAACUGUGCACUACAGCUGUUCUAAAGUUACUUUAGUAUUUAUUCAUAUAAUGCAGAUAGGAGUAGAAUGAGCACUAUGUCGACCUCACACAUACUUGCUGACAUUCAUUUCCAAACAUAUAUAGCGAUAUGAUUCACAUUAUUUACACAAUGUCGUUUUCUCAUGGAAGUGACAACAGAUGAGUAAAGUCGUGUCAUAUGCUUUAUACGUGUAUGCUGUAUGAAUACAACACACGUUUGAUGGGAAGAUUAUAUAGUAAUUAUAAGAAGCUUAUACAUACCACUCCUAAUGAAGUGUUUACCUGACCCAAUGAUAAGUGACCGGAUGUGUAGGCUCAGGAGAGGUGGCGCCAGCCGGUACUCAGUCAGCGAUAGAGAUGCACUGAUUCCCUAGAGGACGACGAGCAGAACAGAUCAAAAGCACAGUUGUCUAUAUUCUAUUCCACAAAUAAAGCAAUUAGAAUUCAGACAAUUGUGUCGCCUUUU